AAUCAAAGCUUAGCUUGGGGAUAGAUUCAAAACUAGCGAUGGUCGUUCUUUCUUUGGGGCAAGAACAGGCCAUCACAGGUUUCUGCAGAGAAGAUUGAAAAGAGAGAGAUGGGAAGAGCUUUUGUUUAUGUGAUUCUAGGAGGAGGGGUCUCAGCUGGUUAUGCAGCUCUUGAAUUCACAAGGAGAGGGGUCUCUCGUGGCGAGCUCUGCAUCAUCUCUGAGGAACCUGUUCCUCCAUAUGAGAGACCUGCACUGAGCAAAGGGUGUUUACUUCCAGAAACUCCAGCACGCCUUCCAUCAUUCCACACUUGUGUUGGAGCUAACGAGGAAAGAUUGACUCCAAAAUGGUAUAAAGAACAUGGAAUUGAAUUGGUCCUUGGAACUAGAGUCAAGUCUGCUGAUGUGAAACGUAAGACACUACUUACUGCAGCCGGAGAGACCAUAAGCUACAAGAUUCUUAUCAUUGCAACAGGUGCUCAGGCUUUGAAGCUUGAAGAAUUUGGAGUGAGUGGAUCAAAUGCUGAAAAUGUUUGUUAUUUACGAGAUUUAGCUGAUGCAGAAAGGCUUGUUAAUGUGAUGCAAUCAUGUGCUGGUGGGAAUGCUGUCGUCAUUGGUGGUGGCUACAUUGGAAUGGAGUGUGCUGCAUCUUUGGUGAUCAAUAAAAUCAACGUGACUAUGGUUUUCCCUGAAGCACAUUGCAUGGCCCGAUUGUUUACACCCAAGAUUGCUAGUUAUUAUGAGGAUUAUUACAAAUCUAAAGGAGUAAAAUUCAUCAAGGGAACUGUCUUAUCAUCUUUUGAUAUGGAUUCCAAUGGAAAGGUCACAGCUGUUAAUCUUAGAGAUGGAAGUCGGCUACCUGCCAACAUGGUUGUGGUAGGAAUUGGAAUACGUCCAAACACAAGUCUCUUUGAAGGCCAACUAACUUUGGAAAAGGGUGGGAUCAAGGUGAAUGGUCGAAUGCAGACAAGCAACAGCUCAGUCUAUGCUGUAGGAGAUGUUGCAGCAUUUCCUGUCAAGCUUUUUGGUGAAACUCGUAGGCUUGAGCAUGUUGAUUCAGCUCGAAAAUCAGCAAGACAUGCUGUUUCUGCGAUAAUGGAACCAAAGAAAACAGAUGACUUUGACUACCUGCCAUUUUUCUAUUCCAGGGUCUUCGCUUUGUCUUGGCAGUUUUAUGGAGACGCUGCAGGGGAAGCGGUGCAUUUUGGGGAUUACUCGGGAAGUACGAUUGGAGCAUACUGGAUAAGCAAAGGUCAUCUUGUUGGAUCAUUCCUUGAAGGUGGAAGCAAAGAAGAUUACGAAGCUAUAGCGAAUGCCACCAGACUAAAGCCAGCAAUCAAGGACUUGACUGAGCUAGAAAGACAGGGUUUGGGUUUUGCAUUGACAAUUAGCGAGAACCCACUUAGAUCUCCCCCUGGUAAUGUUGGUGGUUCUAGCCUCAUUUUGGAAAAACCAUUGUAUGCUUGGCACGCUACGGCAGGUGUUAUUGUAGCGGCAUCAGUAGCUGCAUUUGCAUAUUGGUAUGGAAGGAGGCGCAGGAGGUGGUGAAGAAAGUUGACGAAUUCUUUAGGUGAACUCUAUGAUCACAUUGUUGUAGCAUUGAUAGGUAUAGUUGAUUUGGCUAGCUAAUCUAGAUAUGUCACUCAAUACACGAGUAAAUAUCAUCAGUUUAUUACUGUGGCAUAUUGUUAAUUUUCAAUUGCACGCAUAUCUGUUCAGUACACUAUAACCUGCCCAUAUUCAUGGGGAAUGAAAUAUCGUGCUCAAAUGUAUUCGUAUUUCUUC